AUGAAUGCACAACGCGAUGCGGCCAGGGUAGCGGCAUCGCCUGCAGCUGCUGACAGAGGAGCCUCAAUACCUUCAUCGUCAUCUACGAGUAAUAUCACGGUAUCGCAUCGAAUCAAAGUCAAGAAUAAUACACAGAAGAAACGGAAGUCGUCCACCAAAGUCAAAACUGGUUGUAUCACAUGCAAGGUACGAAGAGUCAAGUGCGAUGAGACAAAACCAAAAUGCCAGCGAUGUAUCAAAUUUGGUAUAGAGUGUGAUGGUUACAGAAGUCAACCUCCAGUCCGACCAAAGAGAACAGGUGCCCAGCUUAUCCUACCCAAGAAGGAGAAGUUAGGCUCGCCAGAACAUUCUUUUAUAGAAUCAAUAGCUCGCCUGUACGGCGGUAACUUGGACGAGGCAGAUGGGUCCUGCUUCAGACUUUAUCUCGAGGAAACAGCAACGCAGAUCAACAGCGUUUUCCCAAGCUCGCUUUGGGAGCGACUCGUUCCACAAAUCAGCCAGGCGGAACCAUUCGUCCGCCAUGCGAUCAUUGCAAUUGGUGCUUUGGCCAAACAAAGCAAGAGUGAAGGUCGACGAAAGCUGGCAGGAAAAGCUUCCACUACAACAGAUCUUCAGCAUGCCUUGAAACAAUACGACAAGUCCCUCCGAGGGAUGAGAGAUGCUAUAGCUGAUGGUCAGCAUGACUUGCGAAAAGCUUUGAUAGCAUGCCUCCUGGUUUAUUGCUUUGAAAAUAUGCUUGGCAACCAAUUAUCGGCUGCAAAACAUGCCGAAAGUGGACUGAUGCUCUUGUACCAGUGGACGACAGGAAAGAAUCUCCUUGGGGAAACAUGGGGGACGCAGAAACUCUGGACAGAUCACCUCUUUGAAGAAGAUCUUCUUGGAGCAUUCAACUCUCUUGACCUCCAAGUCCUACUUUUUGUCGAUAACAGGAGCAAAGAAGUUCACGAACGUAUGAAGGAAAGCCAAAGCCGCACUAUUUCCUCCAUGCCCCAACAGUUCUCCUCCCUAACUGAGGCUCGACAGUACUGGAAUCUCAUCCUCACCCGCAAUUACCAUUUCAGCAAAUCCAUGCAAGGAAUCGAGAUGGAAAAGAUACAAGAACAACGCACCGAAACUCCUUGGGAGGAUUCGGCUAAUCUCCAAACCGGCGAGCUUCUACUCAGUGACUCUAAAGACGCCCCUGCGUCCCUAAAAGACGAGCACAUAAGAUAUAGAAUCGACAUUGAUAAAUGGACUCUCGCAUCGGCACGUCUUUUCGCGAGCUUGGCUACAGGCGCCGAUGAACGUCAAAAAAUCGGUGCCGCAAUUCUCCAAGUGCAGGCCAAAGUCAAUCAUAUCAUGUUAUCAGGAUCCUUCUUCACAACCGAAACAGCCUACGAUGUUUUCUCCAGAGAAUUCAAAGCCAUCGUCACACUUUCCGAAACCAUUCUUCCUUAUAUCCUCUCAUCGUAUGAAGGUGCUGCACCUCGCUUUCACUUCGAGAUCGGUAUUGUUGCUGCGUUAUACCUCGUCGGAUCCAGAUGCAGAGACUACAAUGUUCGGACAAGAGCUAUCGAACUCCUGUUCUCAUCCAAUAUCAGAGAGGGAGUGUGGGAUGCGUUGAGCGUGGCCCACAUGGCGAAGUGGAUCCGAGAUAUCGAGAUGGAGGGGCUUGAGAAAGGAGCUUCAAUUCCAGAAGAGAAGAGGUUCUUCUUGAGUGCGGUCAAUGUCGACCUGUACCAUCGCAGAGCUCUUCUCGGCGCUACUCAGAGGACGAAAGAAGGCGCCAAGCAGAGGGAAACAGUGUUGACGUGGUAG